AUGCCUUCACAAGCUGAAUUAAAAGAGAUAUUUCUCUUAUAUGACGAAGAAUUGGAUGGUAAAAUUGAUGGUACACAAAUUGGUGAUGUUGUCCGAGCUGCUGGUCUUAAGCCAACAAAUGCUAUGGUUGUCAAAGCAAGUGGAACUGAGUAUAAACGAAAAGGUGAAAAACGUUUGACAUUCGAAGAAUGGAUGCCAAUUUAUGAACAAUUAAGCAAAGAAAAGGAACAAGGGACGUUCCAGGAUUUUGUUGAAGGAUUGAAAGUUUUUGAUAAAGAAGAAUCAGGAAAGAUUAUGGCAGCAGAAUUAAGGCAUGUACUGAUGGCUUUAGGUGAGCGUUUGUCAGCUGAAGAAGCAGAUGAAAUAAUGAAAGGUACGGAAGAUGCAGAAGGAAUGGUUGCUUAUGAAGCAUUCGUCAAGAAGGUUCUAGCUGGACCAUUUCCGGAUGACUAA